AGAAGGGGGCAAGGAAAAGUUGGGAGACACGAGUUGAUGUUCAAGAUGCACACUUCACUCAGGAUCUCCCAGGUUAAACAAACCAGUACUUAAGCUUAUAGUAAAUAGUAACGAGCAGUAGUGAUUUUGAAAUAACCUAUCCUACUGCCUUAUGUCAGUUUAACUAUUGGCGUUUCACAGCAAUGUUUCCCAGCCCCAGCACGUCAACUCCCUUCUCGGUUAAGGAUAUAUUAAACCUAGAGCAGAGUCAUGAGGAUAUGAUCUCCCUGGACAUCUCUCCCCGGAUGGACUGCGCUGUACCGACCUCCUCUUGUAUGCUGGCCCGCUUGAAGCAGGAACCCCACCGGGAGAUGACGCACGGAGCUUCGAUGUUCGGAGAUGACCUUCAGGAAGUUAAAGCAAACCGAAAUACUGCCAUUAAUUUCGCCGCUGCCUUUUAUGGAAACACUUUCUUAGAAAUGGACAUAGUCAAGGAUGGAAAGACAGACUGCUUUGAUGGAAAACACAAAAAAGACGUAUACACCCCUCAGAACGAAGCCGUGGAGGACGUGAAGACCGAAGACUCUGAAAUACCUAAAUCUCGGAAGCGCCGUAAGCCGCGCGUUCUCUUCUCUCAGGCGCAGGUGUAUGAGCUCGAGCGGCGCUUCAAGCAGCAGAAGUACCUGUCUGCCCCAGAGAGGGACCAUCUGGCCGGUAUGCUGAAACUCACCCCGACUCAGGUUAAGAUCUGGUUCCAGAACAGGCGUUAUAAAUGCAAGCGUCAAAGACAGGACCAGAGCUUGGAGAUGGUCGGUAUCCCCCCACCAAGGCGCAUCUCAGUUCCCGUGUUGGUCCGAGAUGGAAAGCCCUGUCUGACGGACACAGCAACCUACAACACGUCCUAUAACGUGGGUAUCAACCAUUUCUCCUAUAACAGUUAUCCGACCUUCAGUAACUACCCAAGCCCAGGGUGUAACAACAAUUACCCAUGCAGCUAUCCUGCAGCCACAAUGCAAACUAUCCAGGGCUCGUCGAACAACGGUAAUUACAUGAACUUUGGGGUAGGCGAACUGAAUAACGUCCAAAACACAUUUCCCUCCAGUAACGGAGUGUCCUCUUUACAUGGAAUUAGAGCCUGGUAAAUUAAAACAUAUAGAACUGUUGAAAUAUGUGAGUGAAUGCAUGCACGCAUAUUGGAAAUAUUUGCUUUUCACGCUGAAGACUUAGGCCUACGUUUGCAGGUAUCAUUUAGCUCAAUAGAGUGGCAUUAAGAUCAUAAGUUCAUUACGGUUUUGUGUAAAAACUAUAUUUCAUGGAUGUACCGUACUGUGCCAGUGUACUUUUUUCAGCAAAAGCAUGUUCCAUUUUUACAUUUCCUCAGAAUCUUCCCAUGUAUAAUUUGUGAAUAAAUAUGUUGUUUCUUGUAAUAGA